AUGUGGUGGGAAACUCUGAAAGUUUACUUCCAAAGACCUCAUGUAUCAGUUGGCUCUCAAACUGAAAGACAUCUCUCAUCAAGCCUGAUUUGGUUCCUGUAUCAGGCAGAAAAGGACAACCAACAGUCAGAAUUCACUAUUGAAAACUUGGUUGGCACUGUAGCUGAUCAAUUUAUUGCUGGAACAGAGACAACAAGCACCACUCUGAGAUAUGGACUCCUGCUCCUGCUGAAGCACCCAGAGGUCACAGCUAAAGUCCAGGAAGAGAUUGUUCAUGUAAUUGGCAGACACAGGAGCCCCUGCAUGCAGGAUAGGAGCCACAUGCCUUACACAGAUGCUGUAAUACACGAGAUCCAGAGAUAUAUUGACCUUGUCCCCACUGGUGUGCCCCAUGCAGUGACCACUGAUAUUAAGUUCAGAAACUACUUUAUCCCUAAGGGCACAAUCAUAAUGACAUUACUCACUUCUGUGCUGCACGAUGACAAAGAAUUCCCUAAUCCAAAGAUCUUUGACCCUGGCCACUUUCUGGAUGAGAAUGGCAACUUUAAGAAAAGUGACUACUUCAUGCCUUUCUCAGCAGGAAAACGAAUUUGUGCAGGAGAGGGACUUGCCCGCAUGGAGUUAUUUUUAUUUCUAACCACAAUUUUACAGAACUUUAACCUGAAAUCUGUUGCUGAUUUAAAGAACCUCAAUACUACUUCAACUACCAGAGGGAUUAUUUCUCUGCCACCCUCGUACCAGAUCUGCUUCAUUCCUGUCUGAAGAUGCUAGCCCAUCUGGCUGCCGAUCUGCUAUCACCUGAAACUCUUUUUUAUCAACGACAUUCCCACUGUUAUGUCUUCUCU